UUUUGUUUUCUAUUCUUUCGCCGGAGAAUUAUUUUUCCUCUCUUAUUCCUCGUUUUCCGGCGAUGUCGUCAGGCGGCGUCUCCAGCAGCUCGUCUGGCGGAAGCCCUAGGUCAGUGGGCCCCACAGCCGCGGCGCGGCGACGCGUGGUCGACGAGGAAGACCAGUACGAGCCCAACGGCUCCAUUAGUGGGAGCACUGGGCCCCACCACAGUCUUCAUCAUCAUCACCUCCACCAUAAUCAAUAUCAUUACCACCAUUACUCUCCUCAUCAUCACCACCCGGUGGCGAGGUAUCUGCUGCUGCGCAGGCGGAUGCUGCUCUGUGUGCCCGAGGCGUGGAUGGUGGGGAUCGAGGAGGGGGUCUUGUGGACGGCUGCGAUGGUUCAGGCGCUAAGAACGGGGAAGAGCGCGGGCCGUAAGAUCUUCGUGGCGCUGAUUGUAAUGGCGGUUUUGUCGUUGUUCGUGAAGGUCUCGUUUUUGAGUGGCCACGUCGACGUCGACGGCAAGGCCAACGUGGAGAAGGAGAGUAACGGGCUUUUAAUCUUGCAAACCUUCACGGAUGAAUCCGCCAUGGCCCAACGGGUCGUCUCCGAGGCCCAGAAUUCCAUGCCCAAGCGAGUUCUUGAGUUUUCUACACCUGAAAUAUGGAUGAAGCCUAACAGCGGCAGUUAUCAGAAGUGCAUUGAUCGACCCAAGAAUCGAAUAAGGAAACCAGGUUCUAAAACGAACGGUUAUCUUCUUGUUCACGCCAACGGUGGAUUGAAUCAAAUGAGAACAGGGAUUUGUGAUAUGGUUGCUGCAGCAAAGCUUAUGAAUGCCACCUUGGUUCUUCCUUCUCUUGAUCAUUCGUCAUUUUGGACAGAUCCAAGUGAAUUUAAAGAUAUAUUUGACUGGAGACACUUCAUGGAAGUCUUGAAAGACGAUAUUGAAAUAGUCGAGUAUUUGCCUCCUCGCUAUGCAGCCGUGAAACCCCUCCUUAAGCCUCCUGUCUCUUGGUCUAAGGCUAGUUAUUACAGAAACGAACUAGCUCCGUUAUUAAAGAAGCAUAAAGUCGUGAAGUUUACUCAUACAGAUUCUCGCCUCGCCAAUAACAACCUUGCAUCCUCAAUUCAAAAGCUUAGAUGUCGUGCCAAUUACGAGGCUCUCCGAUACUCAAAGGAAAUUGAGGACCUUGGAAAGAUAUUGGUUGAUAGACUGAGGAACAACAGCGAUCCAUAUAUUGCUCUGCAUUUAAGAUAUGAGAAAGACAUGCUUGCAUUCACAGGCUGCAGCCACAAUCUUACUUCAGAGGAAGCCGGGGAACUUCAAGAUAUGAGGUAUAACGUCAAGCAUUGGAAGGAGAAAGAGAUUGAUAGCAAAGAACGCAGGUUACAAGGAGGAUGUCCUAUGUCGCCAAGAGAGGCAGCCAUGUUUCUCAAGGCCAUGGGGUAUCCUUCCACAACAACUAUCUACAUUGUUGCCGGAGAAAUAUAUGGCAGCAAUAGCAUGGCAGCCUUUCGCGCAGAGUACCCAAAUGUCUUCUCUCAUUCCACGCUUGCAACGGAAGAAGAGUUAGCCCCCUUCGAGCCUUAUCAAAAUCGCCUUGCCGCAUUGGAUUACUUUCUGGCACUUGAUAGUGAUGUCUUUGUUUAUACGUACGACGGGAACAUGGCAAAGGCAGUUCAGGGCCAUAGGAGGUUCGAUGGGUUUAAAAAGACUAUCAACCCCGACAGACAAAAUUUUGUUAAACUGAUUGAUCAGUUAGAUGAACAUGCAAUAUCGUGGGAAGAAUUUUCGUUGGAGGUUAAGAGUGUACAUUCAGACAGGCUUGGAGCACCAUAUCUCAGAGAGCCUGGAGAUUCACCAAAGUUGGAGGAGAAUUUUUAUGCAAACCCUCUACCUGGUUGCAUCUGUAAUAAGCCUCUGGAGACAUUUACAACAAGCACGAAGCUCGAACAAAGACGGAGUCUAAGGACCUCAUUACAAAGAUAGAUGUUAAAGUGAGUACAGAGUUGAAUAGACAGUUAUAUGUAUUGCUUUUAGUGGCAGGUGCAAUGGGGCUAUCAAAGCAAAUUGCUCCUUCGGCCGCUGGUGAAAGACUGCAGCUCCCUAAGAGUUCGAGAGGUCGAGGUCUCCCUUGUGAUUUGAACAUACAAAGUUUCAGUGUUGGGGGGGUGGCAACGGACGCGGGCCUCAUCUUUACCAAGUGAUAUUUAGGAACACAGAGAGGCAAAUCAGGAUAGUUUCAAUGUUACAGAGAUAGCAUCCCUGCCAAAUAUUGAUGUAUAAUUCAUUUAUUCAUUUAUUAGUCUUUCUUUGAUUUUAUUGCCAAAGCCAAUUUGUCAAAUUGCGCUUCAUUGUGAAUUGAAUAUCAACUUCCAUAUACUUCACAAUUGAUUCAUAAUAGAAAUCAGCUUAUACAGUU